AUGGCGGCUCAAGCUCAAGCUCACUACGCAGAACACGUCAAGAACGGCAUCUACGAAUCUCUUCUUGAGAACCUCACCACCUCCGGCACUGGGUUUUUGAGCAGCUGCGAAUGUAACACAGAUUUUUUCCACAAAACUACCUGGGGCGCGGACUAUCAAACUAGCACUGGAGCCGAGUUCAGGUUUAACAUCUUUGGGGAGAUUCAGCCAGAGAGCCUUGGUACAAAACAGGGCGCUUUGGGAGAUUUUUACAUAGGUUCUCAAUCCAACCCUAUGUACAUCACAAAGGACUCCAAGAUCAAAAAUCGGUUUGCUUUAGGCGUGCCUUCCAACUGCCCGACCAAGCUAUCUCGCCUCUACGACAAUCAACUUGUUGCGUUGAAUGAGGUCGUCGAGUUUGAACGAAAACAAGAUCUAGAAGAAAAGAAGGAUUAUGUUGUCAAAGAAUGGAUAACGGCAAGUAAAAUGGACGGACCAGGAGACAUCAUCACCAUUACCUCUCCCUACAAAUACAAGUCACCUGAAGAGUCCGAGAAACGCGUGCCAACCAUUCGACGUGUUAUGAAACGAUUGCGUGAUGUCGACGUUCUCGACAUUGACUCUCAUACCGAUGCUUCACCGACCGAGUCCGAAGGCGCGACUUCUUCUCACAUCACUUCAACCUACCCGGAACCUAAGGUUGGCCAGCUCUAUCCCCCUACAGUUUUGCCCGACUACAAAGGCAAACUGUUCCGUAAUCAGGAGUGUAUGCUGGUCCAACACGAGAUUCUUGACAUAGAUCGGAAGCUUAUCCCACCCUGGGACCAGUAUAGCGCUCUCCGUACAGGCACCCUGAUUAUGGCGACGGCGUCUUUACAUUGUUUCACAAUGAAGAUUCGCGAUGUGAAAGGAAAUCCAACGGGGAAGGAACGAAAAAUCUACCAAAUCAACUUUCACCGUCUCCUCGUCAUCGAUGGUAGUGUCGCAGAAGUACCUGGGUUCUUUAUACAUCCUGGAUAUGGAACAGAAGAAAACGAAUAUGCAUCAAACUCUAAGAAAGAAGAAAGUUUUGCAGACCGGGCGAUGGCAUCCUUCAAAAUCAAAAAAGCCCGAACCAAUGUGCCCAGCUCGGUUCAAAAAAUUAGUACACGUCCUUCAGCCUCGUCAUCCUCUUCCCAUGCGUCUAUCAAGAUAAAACCAUUGGCUCGAAGCAAUGCAGGAAAAGGUAAAUCAACUCUGGCGGCGCAUUCUGUUGAAAAGACGCCUUCCGACAACACCUUACUCGACGAAGACCAUGUCAUGGGGAACGAUGACUAG